CUGCCGGCUAAGCUAGCUGCUGUUAGCUGACAUUAGCUAACCAUCUAAUGAACUACCUGCCGUUCGCCACGAACUUUAUGCAUUUCUUGCAUUUCUUUAUGGGAUAAAUUAACCUUGCCAAACAAUUGAUCGUUUGAUACUUUGCCGUCGCUUUUUGUUCGCUAUUACUUUACAGCCGUAUACCUGUCUCAUCUUUAGCAAGCUUUGAAGACGACCCAAUUUGAGCGAAAAAUAUCUUGGCCAAAUUAAGUAAAAGACCGUAACUCCAGAUUUUAGUCAAAUUAAGUCGUGUAUGUAUGUCUUUUAUCGUUGUCAGCGUUGUUUAGAGCUGUGAGGUGAAGCAUGAGUAAAGGGACAUAUGAUAAUAACGUUUUACGUGGGAGAAAGUGUGAUCAAGAAGCUGCAGUUCAGUCCAACAUGGCGCGAGCAACCUUGGUGACCGUCACCAGUCUGGCAUUGACUGGUGCUGUGGUGGUGCACGCUUACCUCCUCAAACACCAGUUUUACCCAACUGUAGUCUACCUCACCAAGAGCAGCCCCAGCAUGGCGGUCUUGUACAUUCAGGCCUUUGUAUUGGUGUUUCUUCUGGGAAAGUUCAUGCGGAAAGUGUUUUUUGGACAGCUAAGGGCUGCAGAAAUGGAGCAUCUCAUUGAACGUUCGUGGUACGCAGUGACCGAGACGUGCCUGGCCUUCACUGUCUUCAGGGAUGACUUCUCCCCACGCUUUGUUGCCCUCUUCACACUUCUGGUCUUCCUUAAGUGCUUCCACUGGUUGGCUGAGGACCGAGUGGAUUUUAUGGAGCGAAGUCCAAACAUAUCCUGUCUUUUUCACUUUAGAGUCUUAUCAUUGAUGGGGCUGUUGGGAGUGUUGGACUUUCUGUUUGUUUACCAUGCCUGUCAAAGUAUUAUCAACCGAGGAGCCUCUGUCCAACUUGUUUUUGGCUUUGAGUAUGCCAUCCUGUUAACCAUGGUAUUGACAGUGUUCAUCAAGUACGUCCUGCACACUGUUGAUUUGCAAAGUGACAAUCCUUGGGACAACAAGGCUGUCUUUAUGCUCUAUACUGAGCUCUUCACUGGUUUCAUCAAAGUUCUCCUGUACAUUGCCUUUAUGACUAUUAUGAUGAAGGUUCACACUUUCCCCCUGUUUGCCAUUCGGCCAAUGUAUCUGGCUAUGAGACAAUUUAAGAAAGCUGUAACUGAUGCUAUAAUGUCUCGGAGAGCCAUCCGCAACAUGAAUACACUCUACCCUGACGCCACUCCUGAAGAUCUGCAGGCCUCUGACAACGUUUGUAUCAUCUGUCGGGAGGAAAUGGUCACUGGAGCAAAGAAACUACCUUGUAAUCACAUUUUCCACUCCAGUUGCUUGCGGUCCUGGUUCCAGAGACAGCAGACCUGCCCCACCUGUCGUAUGGACGUCCUUCGGGCGUCUAAUAAUCAGACCCCUACCCCUGCCCAGGCUCCGCCCCCUGCUCCAGUAGCCCCUGCGCAUGCUCCUGCUGCCCAGCCAGCUAAUGUGGCACCCGGCAUGUUGCCUGGCUUCCCACCAGGUCUCUUUCCCUUCUGGGGUCCCUUUCCUGCCAUGCCUCCUCCAGCUGCGGCAGCUCCUCCCGGUGCUGCCGACGCACCACAGGGCAGCACAGAGGCAGCACAGGCAGCUGGUACCAGCCAGUCCACUUCAUCCGGUGCGGACCCAGCCACAGCUGCCACGCCGGGCUCUGCGAUGCCAGGAUUUCCCUUCUCCAUUCCCCCAUCUCCCUUCCCAACUGCACCGUGGCUGCCCAUGCCACCACCUCCUCCUCCUUUCAUGUCGUCCAUGCCUCCUCCUCCUCCGUCUCUGUCCCAACUGUCAGAGGAGGAGCUGAGGGAGCUGGAGGCCGAGGGUCGACGGGGCCUGGAGGCCAGGCUGCAGUGUCUCCAAAACAUCCAUACGCUGCUGGAUGCCGCCAUGCUUAACAUCCACCAUUACCUCAGCACAGUCGCCACACUUACUCCUCCGAGGUCUGACGGUGGCAGCGCAGGAGAAGCCAGUGGGACAAACAACUUGGCUUCAUUAGCCACUGCUAGUGCAGGCACAGACAAGCCGAGUCGGGAGAAUAACUCCUCCCCCAGCUUGAGCAGAGUUCCAGUCCAAACGGACGACUCGACUCCCACAUCCACCACUUGGGAUAGCGAGAGAAGAGACAAGACUGAUGAAGGAUCGGAGGAUGAGGUUGGCGAGCCAAACGCUGCCGAGUUGAGGCGCCGGCGGCUUCGGAAGCUCGAAACGGAACCUCUUCCGCCUGCAGACAAUUGAGCCGACAUGGCGGCAAAUGGCUGUGGACCAACAGAACAUAGAUGAUCUGUUGGUCGUGCUGCUCUCACCUUCUACAGGAUCCAAUUUGAGUUGGACUCAAAACUGCGGGAGGUUAAACCAGGGGCUCUUUUUCACUCCUAUGUCUAAAUUCUAGCAUGUUUUCCCCCCUUCUGUUUCACUCAACAAUAAAUAGUGGAAUGAGAGGACUGCAGGCACUUAAGUUGAAAGGAACUUAAAUGGGUGUUUCAAUUAGUAUUUGGCUGUCAGUGAGCUCAGUGCCUGCAUGUUAUUUUUUUUCUUUAAUCAGCUGGCUUCAGUAGAAGGCUUGUUACACUGCACUUACCAGAUCUAAAAAAAAAAAGAAAAAAAAAGUUGAUCAACAUUUUCUCCUCUUUACAAAUCAGGACUCUGUGUCCUGUUUAUUUUUUCUUUUUUUCCCCCCCAACGUUGCAGGUGCUGUAACAGGUUUGAAUGUGUACAUACUGUAUAGAGUUUUAUUAAGGUGAUCUGUACAUAAAGGAAAAACUGCAACAUUUUCUUUCAGGCUGUGUUUAAAACUAAUUCUAGGAAGUUUAUCAAUAAAAUGAGAAUGAAAGCGUUAA